AUGAUGAAUUCAUAUUGGGAGAACAAAGUUCCUGCAAAAUUUGAACACAGUUUAAUAAAACUUAGACUUUGGUUCUACAUUAUAGCGUUAGUUCAUUUGGCUUUAAUAUCAUGGUAUUUGCUUGUGAUUGUGGACUUUUCAACUAGUGAUGACCAAAAUAUAAGAAAAUAUAACCAGGUUAGAUGGCGACUGCUCACGACAUGGUUUAAUUUAUUAUUUUACAUACAUCUUCCUGUCAGCGUGUAUUGCGAGUGGAAAGCGUUGAGAGGUGAAGCCAGUAGGAAACAUGUGCAAAUACUGAAUGACAUAAGGUCAACGAGCUUCUCCAGUAUUCUUCUGCCAACUGCAACGUUUGCAGAUUUGUUGUUCUGGAGGUUGUGGUACAAAAAUCCAGUGUUGUUAGCACCAAUGGCCAUCCUUGAUGCUGUACCAUUCUGGUCACAGCACUGUACACACACCGUGUCCUUAAUUGUGGUCAUUAUGGACAUUCUCCUCGUCCCACGUCAAACACCAAGGAGUCUAAAAAAUGGAUCGAUGCUACUAGCAGCCUUCGUUGGAACCUACACGUUAAUGUUUUUGUACAGUAUAGCAAUCGAAGACGAAUAUAUUUAUUCAUUCACCAAAACAUUUUCAUAUUACCAACUGGCGACGUUUGUGCUAUAUAUGUUUGCUGAACAUUUAUUUUACUUCACUAGCCAGUGGAUAAUUGUAGACAUGCUUUGGGGAAAUGAGAAGAAUAGAGGAAUUUACAAACGUUAUUUGGAAAAAGUGAAGUUAUCAUAG